UGCCAUGCUGUCCAGCUGGUCUGACAGUGGCUCAGGUCACCCAGUCUAUAAUCAAUGUGAGCUGGACUAUUGGGACAGUGGCUCAAACCUAUGUGACAGUGCUAGAGUCACACAUCGGACUGUCUAAGUGCCACACCCAUCAAAACCACUGCCUUCUGGGAUGCAUUGCAUGUGGCAUCAACUACACGGUGGCACUAAAAGCCAUUAGCCCCACUGGACUGACUGCAGACUGUGCCUACCAAAGCUAUUCCUCCAGUGCCUGCUGCCCACUGGGGGUCAAAUUAUAUAGGCUGGGCCCUAAUGGCAUCCGGAUCCACUGGCAAGCCUCCAGGGGCUCUGCCAAUUAUAGCACUGACCUCUAUGGCUCCAAAGGCAUCUUCACAUGUGUCCCAAGGGCUGGCCUAAGUUUCUGUGACGUCACCGACAUCCCCUGUGGGGACGUAUACACUGUGAUGGUCUCACCAGUUGCAGAAACAGGAUUAAAGCUAACAUUCUGUCCAAAAAAGAUAUAUUCAGUCACCUGCUCUGGAAGUACACUUGGGAUGGUGAUUUACAGAGGGAAGAAGAAUGACACGGUGAGCCCCAGGUAAAAACACUCCACGAGAGUCCCUGUGGGCAGCGGUGGAAACACACUAUUAGAACACAGACUGCUGUAGGAUAGGAAAAGCGCCACUGGCCUUUAAAGGAGUAAUUCAUAUGCUGUAUUGACAGGGCAAGGUCAAGUGUGUCAUCAGCUGCAGAGAAGUUCAAGAUGAGCUGUGGAGAGGACUCUACAGAGGAACGAUCCAGAAAGUCCCCUGGAAGGCCGCCAGUGAGUCAGCUCACUGUCAGAGCCUGCAAGCAUAAAAGCUCUGCCUAGCAGAAAUUUGUUCGGAGGCUUCACGUCCAGACACACCUCAGAAUGCUGCCCACCCCAACGCCGUGUAGCUCAGGCUCACAUUGAAGUCUCAAUCCUUCUCCUGCAGCCUCUCAGAGUGCUAGGAUUACAGGCUCGCACCGUUUUGCCCAGCGCUCCAUUAUAGACUUUAACAUGUCCUGUUCAUGAGUGUCUCAACAGCUUGCCGUACAGCAGAUCCCCGCCCCACACCCAGGAAGGAUGGACAUGUACCCCCACAGCAGUCAGGUCACCCUUAGAAGGACAGCAUCUACCCCAAGACAGGCCUCACUAGGGACUUUUUGCUGGAGUUGUAUAGCAGCAGCUGCUAGGGCAACGUGGGCAACAAACGCCCUCCGCACAAGUUCCCGGGGAAGCGGAGCUGCCUGCAGACUUCACUGAGUCAGAGCGUGUGAGCAAACAUCUGCUAGAGCCUCAGGGAAAGCAGAACCGUGGGAGGGUCCGUGGCUGGAAAGAUUGCUAUCAGGUUCUCAGAGCCAGCAAAGACGUCAGGUGGUGCAGCAGCCAAGAGCAGAGUCUCAGACCGUGGCAGACUGACCUACACACACCUUUUCAGGGGUUCGUCCAUCUUGUAGCCUGUUCUCUACUCUCCCCUCACAUUGUAAUGGCUUCUUUCCAUGUUUGGAGAGGAAAAACAAUGAUAUAUAGCAUAAAUCUGUUGUGUCUAGAACAAUGUUUGUCUGUCUAAUGCCAGAAACCUAAUUUUAAAAUAGUAUGAAUAAGAUUUGUGUCACACGUGCUCAAGCAGCUGUGGUGCUCAGUCCUCAGGGGCUGUAGGGUCUGAAGAAAAUGGCUCAGUGGUUAAGAGAAUAGGCUGUUUGUGCAAAGGACCCAGGUUCCAUUCCCAGCCCUCACAUGGUAGCUCACAGCCAUCUGUAACCCUUGUUGUGGGGUGGUAGGGCGGAGGAGGGUGGGGGUUGUCCAUACCCUCUUCGGGACUCUGAGAGCAUUGGCUUUGAAGUCCAGAAUGUGUGUGCUAGGAAGCAACUUUAAAACACCGGCUAGAGGAAGUGCAGCAUGAAGUUAGGCAUGAGGCGAGCAAGGAAGAGAGAGAGAGAGAAGGCUUUCCUUCCUACAUCCCCUUUCUAAGGAAACCAACCAAAAUCCAACACAGGGUUUUUUUUUGUUUGUUUGUUUUUGUUUUUGUUUUUUUUGUUUUUUUUUGUCUGUAAGACCAACCAGAAAACCAAGUGUGAAGGCACAUGCUGGUAAUCUCAACACCCAGGAGUCUGAGGCAGGAGGAUCAUGAAUCCAAGGCCAUCCUGGCACACAUACAAAAAUAUCUCAAUAAAUCAGAGAUGCAAAACGUGUCACUGAUAAAGAGAUCUUUACAAUAUCUAUUUUUAAAAGAUUUAUUUUUAUUUUAUGUGUAUGAAUGUUUUGCCUGCAUG